AUGGAGCGGGUCUGUUUUGGCAAGAAGGAGCGCGGGUUGGAUCAGUACGUGGCCGGAGGAGCGGGAAGAUGUGUGGGGAGGCUCAGGCUUCAGCCCGGGAAGGCUCAGCCACGUGAGCUGAGGCUGGUCGCAGCUUUAAUACUCUCAGCAGACGAAAACCGCGCUGCUCUGGCUGAAUUCGCAGCCAUCCGUGGGAGGAGGUUUCUGGAGGUGGAGCGGCCCAGGUUCAGCAAGGCUUCCCGCACCCUGGCCUUCGUGUACCCCUACCUCUUCGACAGCAUCCCGCUCUUCUACAGGUUCUACCUGUGCGCGGCGGAGAGCUGCACGGAGGCUGCGAUCCUGGUCCACUACAAGCACACCGUCUUUGCCUUCCUCACUUGCUUCAUCUUCGCCAGCCAUCUGCCAGAGAGACUUGCGCCAGGACACUUUGAUUAUAUUGGGCACAGCCACCAAGUUUUCCACGUCUGUGGGAUCAUCGGCACGCACUUCCAGAUGGAAGCCAUCAUGAUGGACAUGGCCGAGCGCCACGACCGGCUCCUGCCCACCUCCCUGCAGGCUCUCGGGUCGAUGGGGAUCUGCGUGGCCGUGAGCCUGGCCAUCAUCGGGCUCUGCUCCGUGUCCCUGCGCUUCAUGCCGGAGCCUCCGCAGAGAGAAAAACCACACGGGCAUUAG